ACUGAAUUGCAUACCUAAAAGUCGACAACUCUUUGCCACAAUAAAAUACUUAACUGUUUUCUAUAGUGAAAAGAAUUUGCUUUCUGAUCAAGCUGUUUUAUUGCAGGGGAGAAACGUAUUGUCAAAAAGAAAAAUGGCACGAAUGCAAAGAACAAAUCCUUGGAUUGACACAUUCUCUAGAUGUGUGGGUGAACUGCAAUACACAGACAGGUGGACAUUAAAUUUCAAUUAUAAACUUGAUGCAAAUUUAACUCCAUUGCAAAGAGAAGGAGGUUGGAAAGUUUAUACAACAUCAUCAUUUGGCAGGUUUGAGUGUCCCUGUUCAAAUUCAUGGUCCUCAGCCCAUGUCGUUGUUUUGUUUCAUUACCGACUAAAAAGGCACAAAGGAACAGUACUGCUGCGCCCAUUCCAACAACGAUGUCGAGACUGCUGGAACUCUUUUGAGCGAAAGCCAAUCAUCAAUCAGACCCAAAUGCAGAAAGUACUUGAUCGACUUAUUUUAAAAAUCUGUAAAAACUGCUACAUGGAAGAAGUACCUGAGCUUGAAAGGAAUUUACAAUAUCGCAAGACCAAACCCCAUGAGACAUCACUCUGUGAGGCCUGCGAAUGGGGUUUAUGUCGUAUAUAAAAUUGAUGUGGUUGACUGAAUUACAUCUGGAGUAGAACUUCCACUUUUGAUGACAGAAAUAAGUUAUGAUCAAAAAUAUAAUUGAAAUCAUGCUGAUUACAUUGUAAUUCGAUUUACCAAUAAAGUAUUUGAGCAUCACAAACAUAAAACCUUCUCAGAGCUAGCACAAUCAUGAAAGAAGAUAACUAUGUAUUUUAUUUCAAUUAAACACCAUUGUUUCACAUAUUUGAGAGGUGGUAAUUUUGUAACUAUUGUUACCAUUCACUAAAGGUGACAACUGAUUAAUUACCAAAAAUAAGCAUUUAAGUGCACCUGAACAUACCUUGGAAAAUGUAAUAAGUUUACUGGUGUACACUUGUUAGCAUCUUAAUGAAUAACAUUUUUUGAUGUGCUUGUGCGUUUAAGAAAAUGUGUGCAAUUUCUUGAAACAGCGCAGUGGGUGGAAUCACACAAUUUUAAAUCUUAAACUAGUAUAGAAAAUCGUGGAAAAGAGAAAUGCCGGUGGUUUUGGACACGGUUCACUUAUAUGGGAUCAUAAAAAACAGGAGCACAAGUAGACCAUCUAGCCCAGCAAACCUGCUCCACCAUUCAAAAGAUCAUAGUUGAUCUGAUUAUGGCCUAAGUCCACUUUCCUACUGGCCUCCAUCAUCCUUGGAUAAUUUAGCAAUCAGAAAUCUGUCUA